AUGUUGACUAAAUGUUACUCAAUAGAUUGUGUAAAUUCUAUAACCACCAAGGCGUUGAUCUUUCUUUCAUUAGGUUCAUCUCACGCCAACAGGUUGGUAGUGUUGUCGGUGCCUCCUGAUUCUGGUAGUAUUCACGAUAAUGAUCCCUAUACUUCCCAGCAGCAAAUCCUUGUUGAAGAUUAUGAUCUAUCAAACAUUAGUUUUAUUAGAAAAAAGAUGGAUCAAAUGGCAAUGAUUGAGAAUCUUCAGAAUAAGUUCCUGCAUCUUCUCCAGCGGUUGGGGCAAACUCAAGAUAGUCUUCUGGUGGCAAAAGUUUUAUAUGGAAUGCACUUAGCAACUUUGAUUCGAGUAGGGGAAUCAAAUUUGAAAAGAGUGAACUUAAACAAUGAGAUAGCCGAAUCAAUAGUAAGAGCAUCUAGGUUGCCUGAACUAGAUAUCUCUGUUAAAAUACUUGUACUUGGCCAAACUGAGGUUGGCUAGAGUGCAACCAUAAAUUCUAUCUUCGAUCAACUGAAAACUGAGGCCGACGCAUUUCAGCUUGCCACUGGUUGCAUUGGAGAGGUUGUGGGAACUGUUAAUGGGAUUAAAGUAACAUUCAUCGAUACCCCUGGUUUCCUACCCUAUGCGAGAAGAAAUAGGAAGAUUAUGUUGUCUGUGAAGAAAUACAUUAGAAAACCCCCUCCAGAUGUCUUAUAUUUUGAGCGGCUUCACUUUAUUAACAUGGAUUGUAGUGCCUUCCCUCUUUUGAAGCUUCUGACUCAAGUUUUUGGUAGUGCCAUAUAAUUUAACACCAUCCUUGUCAUGACACAUUCUUCUCCAACUCUGCGGUAUCCUGUCAGUUAUGAAUCUUAUGUGAACCAUUGCGCUGAUUUAUUGCAGCAAUAUAUACACCAGGCAGUGUCUGACUCAAGCAUUGAAGUCCCUGUACGUCUAGUAGAGAACGACCCUCAGUGCAAAAGAAAUAUACUUCCUAAUGGACAGGUUUGGAAAUCGCAAUUCUUGUUAUUAUGCAUAUGUACCAAAGUUCCUGGUGAUGCCAACAACCUCUUGAAAUUACACGACGGCAUUGAACUAGGACCUUUAACGAGCAAUCAAUUGCCUUCUCUGCCUUCUUUUUUACGUCAUCGGUUAGUAUCAGAUCCAACCGAACCAGAAAAUGGUUUUGAUGAGAUUUUGCUCUCAGAUGCUGAAGAAGUGGCGUAUGAUCAAUUGCCUCCAUUGACUAAGUCUGAAUUUAAAAAAUUGACUAAAUCACAGAAAAAAAAAAAUGCAUACCUUGAUGAACUGGAAUAGAGAAAACUCUUUAUUUGA